UUGUGUUGCAGGCGCAGCAGGAGCACAUCGGCAUCGGGCAUUACUCUCAGUACGAGUAUGCACGUACAACUUUUAUUCAGAUACAUAAUUCGUAAUAUAUUUGAUAAGAAUUAGGAAACCUAUUACCUACUAAAGUGCUAAAUGGACCACAGAACUAAAAAGAGAGUCAAGGAAGUAAAGAAGAAGGCUAGACCUGAACUCAACCACAAAAGUCUGUGGAGUGAACAAGGAUACGCUAAAUGUUUUGGACCUUUCAAAGAGGUCAGUGACAAUGUUGAUCGCAUUCAUUGCAAGGAUUACAGCCCUCAGGAAUUCAUUGACAAAUAUGAAAAACCGUACAAACCUGUAGUUAUUUGUGGCCUUACUGAUAGUUGGAAAGCCAAACACAAGUGGACUCUUGAGAAAUUAGCAAAGAAAUACCGCAACCAAAAGUUCAAAUGUGGAGAAGACAACGAAGGGUACAGCGUCAAGAUGAAAAUGAAAUAUUAUAUCAAGUACUUGCAGAACACUGACGAUGACAGCCCUCUGUACAUCUUUGACAGCAGCUUUGGAGACCAUCCUAGGCGUAAAAAGCUCCUUAGUGACUAUGAAGUACCAAUAUAUUUCACUGAUGAUCUCUUUCACAUGGUGGGUGAGCGACGAAGACCACCUUACAGAUGGUUCGUGAUGGGUCCUGCCAGAAGUGGCACUGGGAUCCACAUUGAUCCAUUAGGAACGAGUGCUUGGAAUUCGUUGCUUGAAGGGCACAAGCGGUGGUGUCUCUUCCCCACUCACACCCUGAAGGAUCUUAUCAAGCCCACAGCUCUGGAAGGUGGCAAACAGCGAGAUGAAGCGGUUACUUGGUUCCGCUCCAUCUAUCCUCGCACUCAGCUCCCAACUUGGCCUGAGGAUUGCAAGCCGCUGGAAAUCCUGCAGAAACCAGGAGAGACUGUUUUCGUGCCAGGUGGUUGGUGGCACGUGGUGCUUAACUUGGACACAACUGUAGCUGUUACCCAAAACUUCUGCAGUGUCACCAACUUCCCAAUUGUGUGGCACAAAACAGUGCGAGGAAGGCCAAAGCUGUCCAAAAAAUGGCUCAAAAUCCUCAGAAGCCAGCGACCUGAUUUGGCAGUUGUGGCAGACCAAGUGAAGUUAGAGCAAGCAUCAGGCUUAGCUUCUGACAGUUCCAGUUGUUCUUCCUCGUCCUCAUCUUCCUCUGAUAGUUCCUCCUCUUCUUCAGAUUCUAGUGACAACGAGGACAGUGGACAAGAGUCAUUGCACAAACACAAAAAGAGGUGCAAGCGAGGUGACCCACCAAAUGGCAGCAGCAUCAUGGGCUGAUCCGUCAAAUGCAUCAAGUAUACAAUUAAUUAUUAUUAGUUUCAAACCAAGCGCUGAUGGUGCAUGAUUGUGCCCAAAAUUUCAUAAUAUUCUAUAUAUCUUUAUACCAACAAGAUGAAUGUCAAGCAUUUUGAAGCCAAAGCAACCAGCUACAUUUAUCAAGAGUGCCUUACACGAAAACCCGAGAGUUUGAUAGAUGUCGGUUUAGUUUUUGUGCUGCGAUUCCAUGUACGUGUGAUUCUAUUCUAUGGAUACCUUUAAAAGGGCAUUGACAAAUAAAAGAUUAUGUUGGAUAAUA